AUGAAUAACGAAUACGACUAUUUAUUCAAAUUAUUGUUAAUCGGAGACUCCGGUGUCGGUAAAUCAUGUUUGUUAUUGAGAUUUGCCGAUGAUACCUAUACCCCUGACUACAUCUCCACCAUCGGUGUUGAUUUCAAGAUCAGAACCAUCGAGUUAGAUGGCAAGACCAUCAAGUUACAGAUCUGGGACACUGCCGGACAAGAAAGAUUUAGAACCAUCACCUCGUCUUACUACCGUGGUGCCCAUGGUAUCAUCAUUGUUUACGAUGUUACUGAUCAAGAAUCUUUCAACAACGUCAAGCAAUGGUUACAAGAAAUUGAUCGUUACGCCACCGGAGGAGUUAUGAAGUUGUUGGUCGGUAACAAGGCCGAUUUGUCCGACAAGAAGAUCGUCGAAUACACUGCCGCCAAAGAAUUCGCUGAUGCCUUGGACAUUCCCUUCUUGGAAACUUCUGCUCUUUCCUCCACCAACGUUGAGCAAGCUUUCUACACCAUGGCUAGACAGAUCAAGGCUCAAAUGACUAACAACGCCAACUCCAGCGGCGCAAACAACGCCAACAACGGUAAGUCCAACGUCAACUUGAGAGGCCAAUCCUUGACUUCUAACCAAUCCAACUCAUGUUGUUAA